CUUGUUAAUAUAUGUGAGAACACGAAUCUUGAAUUGAUACUAAUUUUUCUUUCCCUGUAAUAAAAAAAAAUAUAUAGAACAAUAAACAUUCUUCAUUCAUAGUGCAUUCGCUACAAUUUCUCUGUGUGUUGAAAAUUUCGAUAGGAUUUGAAGAUUUCUUAAAAAGAAGUGAAGAAGAAGGAAUAAAUACCUGUGAGGAUGAAAAAAAGGCAGUUGAAUAUAAUGCUGUGUCGAUAAUGCUGCGUAUCAAUAAAUAUUCAAAUAUGGAUUCGGUACAACGACAAUGCUAGACACGAUUAAAGAGAAAGCGUUAGCGGAUUCACGAUGGAGUGGCCUUACGGCCUAAGAAGCGUUAUUAGACGCAAAAACUGACACGCGAGAUUUGAUACUAAGAAUUCAGCGAGCAUUGUCAUCUCUUUAUCCCCCCUCCCACCAUUUUCAUCACCUACAUGUAUCAUCAAUUAUACAUACGCAAGUACACACAUUAUAUUAUCGCAUUAUCGCUCAUCCUAUUCCGAUUGUGGGAAAACUACAAUCUAGACAAUAGCAUUCAUAGUUACACAGAUAUAUAUAUAUAUAUGUGUGGAAACGUACGUUACCUCCGUUCCCUCCGGAUCCGCCAUUUGUGUGCUCGAGUAACACGUUCGUGCCUGUUUUCAGUAACCGCCGCUUCCUCGCUCGACGCACGAUCGACGAUUGAUUCGCAUUUGUCAGACCCCGCCAUUGUCCCCCGUCACCCACGACAACUUCCUGCGUGGAUACGACGUUGAAUCAGGGGUGAGAUCGCGGCGCACCGUCGAAAAACGCCGACGAAACGUACGGAACCGCGGUGAUCCGUUCAAAUCGCGACCGCGCCAUUACGCGCACACACAGGCUCGCCCGUUCGCGAGCGCCGUCAACGUCAUUCGCAUGAAAGCUGUCGACAAAAGCUUGAAAACAUGGACACCCGCGGUGUCGCGCCGUGCACCGGACAACAUCGUGUCCUCGGACUACACGACAAUGAAGGUCUUCGUGCCCUCGUAUGAAAAGUGCGUCGGCAGUUGAUUCGAACGAUAGAGACCAGCCUCCAUAACCUUUGUGAAACUGUUCUCAAUAACGAAUUCGGUUGCUUGUACCAAGGCCUGUUCACAAUCUGUUAUAUUUAAAUAUUAUCAUACAUGCAUUUUCAAAUACUUUGAACCAGUAAUAUGACAUAUACAGCAUUCGUACGCAUCAUUUUAUUAGCUAAGAUGUUUUUAAGUAUGUAUUUAAGACACGAUCUUAAAUAUAAAAAUGUACUGUAAACAAACCUUAGUGCGCAUUCAAUGUGCACUAGUAUUUAAGUUAUACACUUGUUUCACUCUAAGUGCAAUAAGUGCAAUCCAGUUCGGCUGACUUUUGCAAGACCAGCGCUAAAACAUAAAAAAGAACAGACCCAAUAUAUAAUAUAUAAUAUAUUUAGAAAUAAAUAAUAAGGAAAUGACAGUGACUAGCAAUUAUAUAUUAACUGAAAAAGUGUUACACCUGUUUUGUCGCGUUUAUUACAUGAAUUACAGAGAAUUGCGGCCUCGUAUCGAACAACUGCUCACGAACGACUAUCAGCGGAUCUGGUGGAAAGAGAAGCAAACCUGGGACGAGAGGGUUGCUGAAAAAACUCCGGGCAAAAUAAUACUACCUCGUAUGCUGAUCAAGAAGAAAGUUCCUACGUGCGUGACCGUUAAAUAUCGAACGCAGAGGGACCGAUGGAAGGGAAGAAAAAAGCAGGAUUCAAAAUCCAAUUUAAAGACAGAGGAGAUUAAACAGGAGUCGACCAUGAACGAUUCGAACGAAGAAGAGUUAAAGUCCGUGGAAGACAACAAUGGGAAAUUAGAAAAAUGCGAAGAAACGAAGUCAGAAAAGCUUAAUGAAACGCAAUUGGAGAGUGAGAAUGAGAAGGAAGAUGAAAGUAAAGAAGAGAGUGAAGGAGAAAAAUACGAAGAAACGAAGUCAGAAAAGUAUAAAGAAACUCAAUCGGAGAAUGAGAAAGAGAAAGAAGAUGAAAGUAAAGAAGAGGGAGAAGGAGAAAGUCAUAUUGAUUGA